GACAGAUAUUACCAACCAUCCCCAAUCGUAAAAUUAUAAGAGCAAAAGGUCCAAGAAAAUGGCAGAAGAAGUGAAGGUACUUGGUACAUGGUCUAGUCCAUUCAGUCACAGAGUCGAACUUGCCCUUAAGUUGAAAGGGAUUCAAUAUGAGUAUAUAGAGGAAAAUCUACGUGAUAAGAGUCCAUUGCUUCUCCAAUCCAACCCAGUUCAUAAGAAGAUCCCUGUCCUCAUACACAACAGCAAACCCAUUGCAGAGUCACUUCUCAUUCUUGAGUACAUCGAGGAAACUUGGCAAAAUAAUCCUCUUUUGCCUAAAGACCCUCAUGCUAGAGCCACUGCUCGCUUUUGGGCUAAAUUCGUGGAUGAAAAAAUCCUGCCAACAAAUGGGAAAUUAAGAACAGCCAAGGAAGAGGAGAAGGAGCAAAUUGUUGAAGAAGUUGGUCAGCUUCUGAAGAUUCUUGAAAACGAACUAAACGGGAAGGAAUAUUUUGGAGGUGAGAGCAUUGGGUAUGUAGACAUUGUGGUAUUUUUCACAGCCUAUGGAUUUCUAAUUCGUCAAGAAGUCACUCAAACUGGACUGAUCACAGAAGAGAAACUUCCAGUUCUAUGCAAAUGGAUAGAAAAGCUUGGUGGAGUUGAUGUGGUGAAGCAGUGCCUGCCUCCAAGAGAGAAGCAUCUUGCUCAAAUUAGAGCUCGCUUUGCCUCCAAAUAGAGAGAAAGCAUCAAUAAUUUCCUUCACAAUUCCUCAAUAAAUGCAUGUCUAUUAGAUGAAGGAAACUUGGGUUUUAUUUUGUAAAACAAAAUUCCACUAUUAAGUUAUUGAAAACGGCAGACUAGAGAUGCAUACUGAGAUAAAUAAAGUGACAGAAUUUGGACUCAGUAAUCAAAGCAUUAGGGGGGAAAAUUUUAUAUUUUUAUGGUAUGUGUUGUGUGAUAAUUUGGAAAUUAAGCAAUAUCGAUCAACAAUUUAGCAA